AUGAAAUGGACCUGCAUUGCCGCAAUUCUUUUUCUCUCAUACAGAGGGCUCGCCGUUGUCACGCCUCGAAAUGGCUCGAAUGCCAUGGUCGAAACGGUGGAACUGGAAGCGACACCAGAGCUGAUGAUUUCUAGCAGAGUGAAAAAUGAAGCUUCCGAUACUCGCUCUCGGUAUCUGAUAGACCACACGACGGGAGUCGAACGAAGAGAAAACCUCGAUUCCAAGCCGGUUGUCCCCGUCUUAAAAACACCAUUCGCCCACACGACGUUUGCGGGGACGGCGGACUACAACACGAUCUGUGACAACUUCCCUAAAGCGCAUUUUGGCGGUUACAUCGGUGGCACGAACUGGUUACGAUGGUCCUGGGGUGGCUACAUACCCAAACUCGGGGCCGGGCCAGCCAAGUGCGAGAGAGAAUCGAAAGAAAAGUCGCUAUGGGACUAUGACGAAAUCGCCGACCUCUCUGACCGGGUCAUAUACAAGUGCAACCCGAUGGAUGGUAGCAAAUUCAGCGGUCAAAUAUUUCACCCCAACAAUUGGAAUGUAGUUUUGCAAUGGGGAGACUGCCCAUGA